UUCUGCAACAAGUUGUCUUAAGUUGUUUUGCUUUCAUUUACUUUCAUUUCAAACUAGCACUGUUUCUGACAGCCUAGUAUUUAUUUGCAUUUAUACUACUCCCUUAUCUUUAUGGAAGAAAAGGCAUUAAUUUUAGUCGGUCUUCCCGGUGAUUUUGCUUCUGUGAAAUCAAAGUUGGAAUUGUAUUUUAGAAAUAAAAGAAAAUCUGGAGGAGAAAUUUCGGAAAUUAGAAAUUACCCCAAUGACAAGAGGAAGGCAUUGCUCAUUUAUGUAGAGGAUGAAGCCGCAAAAACUGUGUUGGAAAAAGGACCGCACAAGGUUGAUUUUAAGGCCUUGGGCGUGGUGGAACUUCAAGUGAAGCCACAACUAGAGGACGGCGUCGCAAAUGUGAAGAUAAUUAAACCAGUGCCGUUGCCCCGUCGUCCCCUUGAGAAAGAGGCUGGCUUUGGAAAAUCUGCACCUAACGUAGGAGAAGCGGAGCCAGGACCAUUUCACCAGGAAGGCUUGCAGCAAGUUUGUGGUGACAAUGUGCUAUCACUACUUGUGAGCAGUGACCGUCCAAUCAAAGAAGAUAUCCUUCGGUUGUACUUUGAACAAUUUACCGAUGACAUUGAUAUUCGUCGAUGUGGAAAUAGUCAAUGGAUUCUCAAGCUAACCAGCCAGUCAGAUUUGGAGAAUGUCCUGGCCAAGAAGGAUCAUGACCUGGAGGGUUGCUUGAUGUCCGUACAGCUAUACGAUGAGAAAAAGGCAGAGGAGAGGCUUGAUCCCCGCAGGUUCAUCCUGAGUGGCUUCAGUGAGGAUUGCAAGUGCAGCCACCUCUCCGUCUUCAUCAAGAGCUGCAGCAAAGGGGCUGAGCAUUCCUGGGAGGUCCUAAAUGACGGAGAGAGAAUUGCAGUUACCUUCAAACAGGAUAUAGAUGUUCAGCUGUUUUUGAAGAAAUGCUCCUCAAAAAAACUUCAGAACUUCGAUAUCUCUGCCAGUCGUCUGGAGUACACAGACACUGUGCUGGUGGAAGGAAAUAUGGAGAACAUCUCAGAAGAGGUGCUCAGGGCAUAUUUCUCCAGCAGAAGUAAAGGAGGGCAAGUCAAAUGCAUGAAUUUGGACAAUAAACCAAAGAGUGUGCUUAUAGAAUUUGACGAUUUUCAUGUUGCAAACAGCGUGGCCGAAGAGAAACACAAUAUUUGUGGAGUCAGCCUGUGUGCUUUGUUGUACUACUCCAGCCUGCAGCAAGCCUUAACAGGAGAGAAACCCAUUACACCACCCUCCCCUCAUGAAUUCUCAAUUCCUGUGGAUGCUUUGUUCCUUGAAUACAUCCAAAAUGAAGAAGUGUGCAAAGAGGACUUUGAGAGCACACUAAAAGAGCUCAACACCAGCAUCUCCUUUAAGGCUGACCCAGAGAUCUCUCAGGUGGUUUUGGAGAUGGCAGUGGACAGAGAGUCCUUGUUGCUACACCGUCUGGCCCGUACAUGGGAGAGAAAGACGAAGCAAGCAGCUGAGGCAUUGCUGGAGAAAUAUAGCAUAGUCAUGUUGAUGUCAACUGAAGAGGUCUGGGAUAGAGUGAAGGACAAAUGCCUCAGUCUAAAUCUCAAAACGUCCAGAGUCACAUUUGAGAGCACUAAAAACUCUGUUAUGGUGGUGGGGCAACAGAACGAAGUGAAGAAGCUUCAAGGUGAAAUCCAACUCCUGUUGAACAAAGCGAAAGAAGAACUGGAUGUUGAAAAAAACACUGUGGAAAGGAAAAUCCCUGUAGACAGUAAGGAAGAACUGGAUUUUGUGUGGAACUUGGUGUCAGCAAAUCUGGGAGGGGUUCAACAUCAGAAAGAUGAAGUAAACUUGACAUUUAAUCUCAAAGGCCUCAGAGACAAGGUGAAUGCAGCAGAGGGAAUCAUCAAGAACACAAAAGAUGAUUUAUCCAUCCAAACUUUGCAUCUGUCACCCGACCUAGCAAUGUUUUUGCAAUCGCUGGACCUUAAACAAUUUGAGCGCGAUCACUUUACUCACAUUUCUGCUACAGUUUUCUCCUUUGGAGAUUCCAUCCAGAUUCUUGCUGAGAAGCAAGAUGGUGAGAAAGCCAGAGAUAAAAUAAAGCAGAUACUAACAGAAGAUGUCAUCAACCUCACUCCUGAUCAAAGAAAAGUCACACAGGAAGAACACUGGAGUGUCUUCUACCAUGGUAUAAUGCAAGAGGUAGAAUCCAGCAAUAAUACACGGAACAUCAAGAUCUCACAUUCUGGUGUGCAGAUUGCAGUGUGUGGGUUCCAAAAUGUGGUUACAGAUGUUGCUAGGAAACUGAGAGGAUAUCUAAAUAACAAAAUGCCAGUGACGGAAGACAUCCAGCUGAACGCACUGAGACAGGUUGAAUACAUUGAUGCUUGCAUGAAGCUGUCUGAGGCCCCUGAAAUGAAAGCCCUGGAUGUCACCAUUAUGUCGUCAAGGACACCGGCGUCCCCUUGCCUGAAGGUCACCGCUGCCAGUGACAACAUCAAGGAGGCUGUGGCAGCUGUGAAGAGGCAAAUUUCAAAUAUUGUGCAUGAGAAACACAUAUACUCCAAUGCUGGGGAGUCAAAAGUGUUGGAGAAACAUCAAGAUGCUCUCAAGGGCAAGGCCAAGGACUUUGCCUGUAAGCUUUAUCUGACUGUUGAGCAAGCCAGUCAGACCACCCCUCCACACCUGAGGGAAAUAUUCAUUGUUGACUCUGAUGCCAAGUCUGUAGAGGAAUUUCACACCGUCCUGAAGGAAAAGGGAUAUCAAAGUACAGAUUCAACAGACACAAUGUUAUCUGUUCGUCCUGCAAAAACAUCAAAGCAAGCCACUGCUCCACCUCCUCGGUUACCUAAACCUGGAUCAGGCCAUUUAGUGGAUAUUGGUGGCAUUAAAGUAAUUCUGAAGAAAGGAGACAUUACCAAAGAGGCUGUGGAUGCCAUUGUGAAUUCCAACAAUAAAAGUCUGAAUCUAGACACUGGUGUCUCUGGAGCCAUUCUGAAAGCAGCAGGAAAAUCUGUUCAAGAUGAAUGCGCCAAACUGGGUACCCAAAACGAAGAUGGGGUGGUUGUCACAGGAGGAGGGAACUUGAAAUGUAAGCACAUCAUUCAGAUGGUGGGGCCGACCACCACAGCUGGCAUCACCACCUCCACGGAGAGGGUCCUGCAGCUCUGUGAGAGCAAGAACACCACAGCCGUGUCCUUUCCAGCCAUCGGGACAGGAAGAGGCAACAUUAAGCCAGAAGAGUCCAUCAAGGCCAUUCUCAAGGGGCUGGAGAACCAUUUGUCUAAGACCACUUCCACAACCAUCAAAUUCAUAUCCAUAGUGGCCUUUGAGCAGACACUUUUUGACACUUUCUGCCAUUACAUUGCAGAGAGGAACCAGCAGUCUCAGCAGAGUAAAGAAGCAGUCACUGGGUUCUGCUUGCCAAGUAUUCCAUCCAGGUCAAUGCAGCUUCCAGCCUAUCAAGUGGAUAUUGGUGGCGUUACAGUUAGUCUGAAAAAAGGAGACAUUACCAAUGAGGCUGUGGAUGCCAUUGUCAAUUCCACCAGUGCCAGUCUGAAUCUAGACACGGGUGUCUCUGGAGCCAUUCUGAAAGCAGCCGGGGAGUCUGUUGUCAAUGAAUGUGCCAAACUGGGUACCCAGAAAGAAGAUGGAGUGGUUGUCACAGGAGGAGGGAACUUGAAAUGUAAGCACAUCAUUCAGAUGGUGGGGCCGACCACCACAGCUGGCAUCACCACCUCCACGGAGAGGGUCCUGCAGCUGUGUGAGAGCAAGAACACCACAGCCGUGUCCUUUCCAGCCAUCGGGACGGGAAGAGGCAACAUUAAGCCCGAAGAGUCCAUCAAGGCCAUUCUCAAGGGGCUGCAGAACCAUUUGUCUCAGACCACUUCCACAACCAUCAAAUUCAUAUUCAUAGUCACCCUUGAGCAGAAGGUCUUUGACUCCUUUUGCCAUUACUUUGAAGAGAGGAACCAGCAGUCUCUGCAGAGAAAGGAGGCAGUCACUGGGUUCCACUUGCCAAGUAUUCAGUCCAGGUCAAUGCAGCUCCCAGCCAAUCAAGUUAAGAUCCAUGGUAUCAGAAUAGAAGUGAAGAAAGGUGACAUCACUACAGAAACUGUCAGAGGGAUCGUCAACACAACCAACAAUGAGCUGAACCUGAAAGGAGGAGUUUCAGGAGCUAUAUUCAGAGCAGCAGGAAGCUUGGUUGAGGAGGAGUGCAAAACAUUUGGGCCCCAGCAGGAUGAUGGCGUGGUGGUGACGAGUGGUGGGGCGCUACAGUGUGACUUUAUCAUUCACAUGGUGGAACCCCACUCCUCAGCUGCUGCAACCUCACAGGUGGAGAAGGUUCUGGAACAGUGCGAGAAAAACAACAUAACCACCGUCUCCUUCCCUGCUAUUGGCACAGGUGGGGGAAAGCUGAGUGCUGCAGAUGUCAUUGAUGCCAUGCUUCUAGGAUUCCACAAUCAUUUAUCGCAGCACAUCUCCACUGUUCUCAAGCUGAUGUACAUUGUUGUCUAUGAAGACAAAAUCCUCCAGAACUUCCUGCAGGGGCUGAAGCAGUGGUCAAUACCUGAGCUGGAUACUUCUGAUGAAGAGGAAGAUGACAUGGAGUUGAGUACUACAUCUGAAUUGGACACUGAGGAUGAGGAUAUGGAUGAAGAUGACAAUGAAGGAAGCAUUGAGAUAAUCAUGGGACCAAUAAAAGUCAAAGCCCUCUGCGGUGACAUCACCCAGGAGACGACAGAUGUCAUUGUGAGCAGCACCAACACCAGCCUUGAUUUGAGCUCAGGUGUGUCUGGGGCCAUUCUCAAAGCAGCUGGACAGACAGUACUGGAUGAGUGCAGAGCUCUAGGGACACAACCUAAAGAUGGAGUUGUAAUAACCAAACCUGGCAAUCUGAAAUGCAAGCACAUCGUCCAUAUGGUCGGGCAGACUAAGGAGAGAGACAUCACCAAUUCCAUGAGCAAAGUUUUAGAAACUUGCGACCACAUCAAAGCCCAGACCGUCGCCUUCCCAGCACUGGGGACAGGAGCUGGAAAUUUGACUGCGUCUCAGGUGGCCAAUGCCAUGACUGAUGCCAUCAGCUACUUUAUAUUGGACAAGCCAAAAUCUUCCAUCACCACGGUUAACAUCGUCAUAUUCCAGCCAAAGAUGAUCUCUGACUUUGGACAAGUCAUGAAGAAGUUCAAGGGGGUCACCCCCAUGCCUGGGGUGGCAGGGGAAAUAGCGGCACAUAGGAGACUUCCCACUCCCCCAAGCUCCAGCCUUUCCCAGACAAACUCCAACAUUCCCAGCCAGAGCCUGGAAAGCAUGACAGCAGACAUUACCUUCCCUGUGAUGGUGGCUGAGGUUUACGGAGCUUCUGUGGCAAACCUGGCCCAGGUGAAGAAGUGCCUCGAUGACCUGAUUUCAGAGGAGUGCACCAGCCAAGACGUGGUAGACAACCACCUCCACCUCCUUGCAGAAAAGGAUAAGCAAGAUAUUGUUGAAACAAGCCAGAGGCACCAGGUCCACAUCUCCAUGCUGAAAAACAGGCUGACGGUGUCAGGAAAGAGAGAGGAUGUCCUUUUUGUCAUCAUGCAGAUCAAAGACUACCUGCAAAGAACCCAAGAAAGGGAGAGCCAGAAGCGGGAGGAGAGAAGGAUAUGGCAGACUGUCCGCUGGAAGUUGGGCAGGUCAGAUGCCUGGACAGGCCUGAAAAAACAAAUCAACUGUGAACUGGAGCUGGCUUUCCACAAAAAGGACAAGUUCUACACUUACCAGAACGAAAAGGGGAAGUUCGCAGUGGAUUUCGAGAAGAUGGAACAAACAGACAGCAGAGGGCAGAUUAGCAGAAUCAAGAGGACCCCUUUCUCUGACUCUGAAACAGCUAUCAUUACAACACCACCUACAUGGACCAAGAUGGAUGGAAAAGAUCUGGACAUCAUUCUACUCUUAGAAAACUCUGAUGAAUUUCAGAAACUUUCUGAAGGAUUUGUGCAAUCCUGUCAAGUUUUUGCACAGGAAAACAGUAAAAAGAUCGAAGUGGUCCAGAUCCAGAGAAUCCAGCACCAGGAGCAGUGGAGGAAGUAUGCAGUAAGCAAACAGGCAUUGGAUAAAAAAUAUCCAAAAAGUGAUAACGAGCAGUUGCUCUACCAUGGAACAACCAAGGACAUCUGCCAGAAGAUCAACAAGAACGGUUUCAACCGCAGCUUCUGUGGCAGAAAUGCUACAAUGUAUGGAUGUGGAACUUACUUUGCCAAAGAGGCGCACUACUCGUGCCAUGACAAGUACUCCAACCCCGAUGGGAACGGUCACAAGUACAUCUACAGAGCCCGCGUCCUCACUGGCAAGCCCUGCCUCGGACUGCAGGGCAUGAAGGCGCCGUCUCCUGUGGACCCCAACAAUCUCCAGACGGGCCUGCAUGACUGUGCAGUGGACAACCUCCAGAAUCCCUUCAUCUUUGUCAUUUUCUGUGACUCAGGCGCCUACCCUGAAUACCUCAUCACAUUCAAGACAGUGUGAUGGGGUGGGGGGGCAUCUACUUGGCCAAUUAAGAAUCAUUAAAGGCCCACGUGCAUCAGCUUUCUUUUUGAAGUCCCUAACCCUGCCCUCAGAGCGCCCCAGACCCCAUGGGUCAGCUCUGUGUUAACAUUUAGCAAUAUGAUCAAAUAAUGCAAAAACAUGUCAUGUGAUAUUGUUCUAUGAACAGCUCCAAAAAAUUGCAUUUUAAAUAUGCAUACUUCAACCAGUUUUUUUUUUCACUUGAAUCAGUAUGGAACACAAAUGAGCAAAAAAGGUCCAAGAUCAUACGAGAAGCUCAAAAACAUGAAAACGUGUGGGCCUUUAAUGAUCCAUUUUGUGCUUUGAACAGCCUUAAUUGACAUUUUACAUUUUCUGAUAACAUAUAAAUAUAAUCUUUUUAUAUGCAUUUUAGAUAGAUCUGGAUAGAUUUAGAUGGAAAUUUCACUAGUACGACAGAUUAUUUGUAUCAGGGUAAGAACAAGUGUCCUUUAAAAAAACAUAAAAUCUUAAAGCAAAAGUUUCAUAUAUAUUUCUGUAAAAUGUGAGUUUUAAAUGAGAUUGAAUGUCCGUACAAGUCUUAAAGAUGUCUUCAGAUUAACUUACACCUUCUGCUGUCUGUCUCAAACUGAUUAUUAAAGCUUGAAUAUCAGGAAUGGAGCGCACUAUUCAAAUGGA